CAAACAGAGCAUGCUCCACGAGCCGAUACUUUUUUCGUCUGGAAUUCUGCGGGUUGUAAAUGAUUCAUAGAGCAAGCUUAUUUUUAAGCGGAGUAAUUGCGCGCGGCUCGCACAGUUAGUCCGUGUGUUACUAUCGGCUAUGAGUGUGUGUGUUGUUUUCGGGUGAGCGCUUGCGUGUGAGUGAAAGCCGGUCACCAAUCUGCAGAGGAGACGGAGAGGAGAGGAGAUUCCAGACGAAAGAAACAGUGAGCGUGAGCAGACUUCGUGAAAGAAAGUCUAUUUAAUUUGGCUUUAAUUCUGGGGUUUUAUCGAAUAUAUCGUCCAGCCCUGCCAGCCCAACGGUUGGUCAAGGGAAUCAACUGUUGCUGCGGCCGAAUGGUUUUUAAAGGGACAUUAGGCUAAUCACAAUUGACCAAAUCCGUGUUCCUGACUCUGAAUCUGGACAUGGGUUUGAGAAUGCAUUUUUAACCAUCACCUGGACCUGGUUUAUUUAUCGUGCUGCGCGCACCCGGCGGCCGGAUGCAUGUUGUUCAUGGUCUGUUCUGAUACUGCAUAGAGAAUACAUGCUCUUCCAGAAUGAUCCUACUCCACGCCUCUCCUGGCUUUUUGAUAUUGGUUUAUCAUAUUUUUCUAUCAGUCAGUAGCAGUUGCUUGUAGGCAAGUAGACACAUUUGGGCUAUUUGAACAAUUCCAAAGGCAGUUGGAGGAUAAUAGUGGAUUUUUUGUUUCUUUGUGACCUUGCCUUUUCGGCGUUAAUCCAAGAGGAUAGAUGCUAAUGAUGGAGAAUAACGGCAUGGACGCGCAUCAGGUUGGAAUCAAUCCUGAAUACGAGCCGGAGAGCCGGCCGCGGUCAUGCACUUGGCCGCUGCGGACGUGUCCGGAGGAUUUCCCUCCGGGAGUGGAUGAAGCAAAUCGAGGUCUGCCCCUGGCAUCUGUCAAACUGGAGCAGCUUCAGUACAACGUACCGGCAUGCCGCGGUGGAGCAGCGGAGGGAAGAGGUGGCGCACCCGCGGAGCUCAAACAUCCAGCCGGCGCCCCGGUCCCCAUCGCAGCCGGCGCUCCUACAUGCAUGUCUGGGGCUGCCCUCGACGUGGCCGGCCAGUUGCGCAAAGCCAAGUCAUCCCGGAGGAACGCGUGGGGAAACCAGUCGUACGCGGACCUCAUCACGCGUGCCAUUGAGAGUGCCCCUGAGAAGAGACUCACUCUGUCGCAGGUUUACGAUUGGAUGGUGCGCUUUGUCCCUUAUUUCAAGGAUAAAGGCGACAGCAAUAGUUCAGCUGGAUGGAAGAACUCCAUCCGCCACAACCUGUCCCUCCACACUCGGUUCAUCCGUGUCCAGAAUGAGGGGACAGGGAAGAGUUCCUGGUGGAUGCUGAACCCAGAGGGGGGGAAGAUGGGUAAGGGACCCCGGCGACGCGCUGCUUCCAUCGACUGCCCCAACGGCACCAAGAUCCUGAAGAGUAAAGGACGAGCCAGGGGGAAGAGGACUGGAGCUGGAGCUGGGAGUGGAGCUGUUGGUCGGGGCAGGCGGCAGGGUUAUGGUCUGGGUCAGGGGGCUCGGCCGGGGAUGCAUCAGGGGUCUCCAGAGCAUGGUAGUCCUGCAGGAAAGGGAGGAGUAGGGGUGGGAGGAGAGGAGUACGAUGCCUGGACGGAUCUCCACUCCCGGACCUCCUCCUCAGCUUCGACGCUCAGCGGCUGCCUGUCUCCCAUCCUGGCCGAGGCUGAGCCAGAUGAGCCAGAGGAGGGAGGUCUGUCCUGCUCCACUUCCCCACGUCUCUAUCCCAGCCCUACUUCCACUCGCUCCCCUGCCCUGGGCACUGGGGGGCACUGCCCUGGAACCUCAAUGGAGCUACCCCAACUCACUGACCUGACUGGGGCUAUCAGCCUGGAUGAAGGCUACCCCCACCCCCAGAACCACCCUCAGACCCAGCCUCGUAAUGGCUACCCCAGCCCCUACGGUUCCAGCCCCAAGGGGGAAGGCUCCUACUGCGGCCCCGUCUAUGGGCAGCCAUCCCUGGGCAUGCUGCGGCUCCACGCCCCCAUGCCCAUGCAGACCAUCCAGGAGAACAAGCCAGCCAGCUUCCAGCGCCCCCUGAGGGCCUACUCAGAGAACAAUGCCCUGCAGAGCCUGCUGACCGGAGGGCCUGGAGGUCCUCAGUACUGCAGUAAGGACAUGGUCACACUGGGAGGGCAAGGAGGGGAGUCACACACGCUCCUGACCCAGGUAACCAAUCAGAGUCGCAGCAGCCACAAUCAUAGCCAUAGCAACCAUAAUCAUAAUAACCAUGAGCACGGACACAAUCCAGGCCCACACAAUGGUCUCGGCUCAGUUCAUGACCAGAACCCCAGCGGUCAUCAUCAGAAUGGUCACCACAAUCACGGUCACCCCAACCUGGACUACAACCAUAGCCACAAACAUCACCUCAGCCCAGGAACUGACUACAACCAGAGUCACAGCCACAAACUGAACCCAAGCCAUGACCACACUCCCCGGUCCAAUCAGGGUCACCACCAUGGUCACCUCCAGGGUGGACCUAGACCUCCAGCCGUCCAGGCUCUUUCUCCCAGAGUCAACACAGAUAUCCUGCAGCCCUACAGCCUCAAAACCCCCACCCCAACCCCUAGCCACUAUGGCCCCCUCACCCCCCAUCUCCCCACCACCAAUCCCCCCGUCCCUGCCCCCAACCCCGCCUCAGUUCUUGACAUACCCCAGGACCCCUGCCUCCGCCUGGCCUCCGCCCCGGCCCCUCACCCCCACCCCCGCCACCAGCCCUACCCCGGUACCACCUACCACCAGGGUAUAACCAUGACCGACUCCUGGCAUGGCUACUACCACCACACCCUCCACCCCUCCCAGAACUACCAUGGACACCUCCACCACAGCACUCACCAACCCAACCGCAUGGCUCCAGACCUGGAUGUAAACGUAGACAUUCUCCCCAGCAGCCUAGACUGUGACGUGGAGUCCAUCCUCCUCAAUGACUUUAUGGACACAGAGGGGAUGGGGAUGGACUUCAACUUUGACGGCUCCCUGUCUCAAGGAGUGGGCAUGGGCAUGAGCAUAGCGGCUUUCGCCGGAGCGCCCCAGGGACAUCACAGUCAGAACUGGGUGCCUGGGUGAAGGGGAUUGUUCGGGGAAGCCCAAGGGCCAAUCAGGACACAGCAGAAAGGCUUUCACCCACAAGGCUGAGCUGCAGGGGUCAGAGGUCAGGGAUCAGGGUCAGAACGUACCCUUGGACUGACUGACUGAUUGACUGUGAUGCUUAAUGCUACAAGACAAAAUAACUGAAGAUGUAUUGUCAUGUUGUUUCCUGAGGGUCCCUUUACAAUCUCUAUUCUCUCUCUUCCUCUCUCUCUCUCUGUUCCUUCUUUCCUUUCUCUGGUUUCUUGGGGGGGGUCAUAGUUUGUGUUAAGUUGAAUUUAUGUAAACCACUUUAUUAUCCAUCUCUUCCUAUAAAAAAAGAGAGAGGCGGUAUCUUACUGGAGAACAGGAUCAAACAACUGCAUAAUAAAUAGGUUCAGCGGGUUGAGGUGUUUUUCAUAUGGGUUGGAACGUAGGGAGGUCGGGGAAUGGGUGGAUGGAGGGAGGGAGGGAUGAAGGAAGAGGGGGUUGGCUUCACCAGGGUCAGGGCGAGUUCUCCUUCUUCCUCAAGGAUGGAAGGAUGAAAGGAGGGAGGGAUGGAUUGAGGAUUGGGGGUCAGGAGUUCUCCUUCUCCCUGGUGGUGUCGCCCACCAUAGAUGGAUGGAGGGAUGGACGAAUAAAGGAUAGAUAGAGGAUAGAGGGAUGAGGAUAAGCUUUGUUGGUUGGUUGCUAUGUCCCCCAGUGUGGUCCAGGAGGACAGCCAUCCAUCAGGCAGCCUCCAUUUAAAUGCACACAGCUAGGGCCUCCAUUUAAAUGCACAAUCCCCUCUUUAAUCUCUUUAAGCUACGGUGAUGCAUCACUAUUGCAAAUUUAAUACGCCACUCUAUGUCUUCCAUUCACCUCCAUCUGGACACGCACGCACACACACACACACACACACACACACACACACACACACACACACACACACACACACACACACACACACACACACACACACACACACACCAUUCCCCUCCGGACACACUGGUUUAAUGUGUUUUGGCCAAAGUGAUGAUGUUAAAGUCACUAUGUACUAUGGGGAGAGGAAAGGAGACAUGGAGCAAUGGGGAGAGGAAAGGAGACAUGGAGCAAUGGGGAGAGGAAAGGAGAAA